AAUUUUCAUAUUUCACAUUUCUAUAUAAUCGGCGAAAAAGGUUAGAGUGUAUGGAUAUAAAAAUAUCAUCUUUAUAUGAACAAAGCUUUAGAAAACAAUCAGUGAAAUGAAAUGUUUUUUGAUGGUUAACAUAUUAGUUUGGAUUCAAGACAUUUCUCACUGUGUUAACUAUGAAGAACACACAGUUUAUGCAAGUCUUGGUGAAACAGUAAUACUUCCAUUCAUAGACUCGCGUGUGUCCACUUUAAUAUGGAAAAGGAAUGAAAAUAUUAUCAUAUCAGAUGGUUCUCUCAUUAACAAUAACAUCAACGAAAAAGAACGAUUCAAAAUAAAAGGCGACCAAACCAUAGGAGAGUACAAUUUGGAAAUUUCAAACAUUACCGAGAGCGAUCUGGGCUUGAACUGGUGUGAAUUUCAGAUUAAAAACACUGCAGUACAGAGGAAAGUUGUUUUGAAGCUUGCAGAUAACAAAAGUACAGUUGUCACAGAAUUAUACAGAGAACAAAGCACAGUUAAAGAUGAAGCGUCCCCAACAUAUCUAUCCGUUUCAUUCAAGACAUACAACACCCAAUCAACAACACUACUAAAUGUGAUCAGUACAUACAACAGAAAUGAAAAAUCAACAGUACUUGUGCGGCCGGAAAUGUCAACAGAAAUGGAGAUUUCAACAGCCCGUUCUGACAACAAGGAAAACGAAGACACAAGAAAGGACAGAGGAUUUUCAUCAGAUGAAAAGUUUUUAUUCUAUGGACUAGUUGCAGCCGGUCUUGUGUUGGUGUUAUGCUUGUCCAUUGUGUGCAAUAUUUGUAUCAAUCGCAAAUGCAGAACAGAAAAUUUGACGAUAAAAAACAAUGUUCCAAAUGUGAAAAACGUUGUUAUUCAAGAGCCAUCUUUAGAGCCGGAAGACGGCUCAUCAACCUACGAGUCAAUCUGCGAAAGUGAAAUGAUUACAUUUGCAAUCAAACUUAAUACGAAGUCUUCUAUACAUCAAUCUUUUGCUCUUGAAAAGAAGUUGCAGAACAACUCUCCAACUUCGGAUAAGCCAUACUUCGAAGUUAUUGAUGAUGAUAACGUUUAUCUGAAUCCGUGUCAUACCCCUGAAGCUGAAGAACAAUCGGAUAAUUUGAAUAAAAUUUUUUCGCCGGAAUAUGAAGUAGCAUUACCAGGAACUGGCACUAUUUGUUGUGCAGGACAAAGUCGGAACCAGUCUAGUGACAACGAUAUCAAAGUUAAAGUUCAAGAAAGUUCAGAUGUUAAUAUUGAAGUCCAAAUUGAUCCGGCAGACGAUAUUACCGUCAAGUAUAGUGUAGGUGAAGAUAUCAACGAAUGUUUAAAAAGAUAUGAAGUCGACGAAAAAAAUAGUUUACUCGUCCAAAGAAAAGAAAACACUGAAUCGAUGACAAACUUCAUUGAAUUAUCUGAAACAAGCUCUUCAGACGACAACGAAGAAAGAACAACGGUCCAGACGGGUGAUGACUAUAUUAAUCCUUACCAGACAUUAAAAAGAUGUGAGAAAGAUGAUGAACAUGAUUACAAUAUUUGCGCCGUUCCUUAGAACCUUCAUUGUAAAUACAUGUAGAUAUUUAAUUGGUUACGACAUUGAAUUAAGUUAUAAUCGUUAUAAAUGUACAUAAUUUCACUACCCUGAGCGAGUGUUUCACAUGAUAGUUAUUCCAUCCUAUGCUAAGAAAUAUGUUCACUCUCUCAGAAUUAACCAUUUAAAGCUAUAUAAUUAUAUAAAGGAUGGAAAAUGAAACAACCAUCUACUGCCAUGGGUAUAAAAACAGUACUAAAUAUAGGUAAACCCACAUUAAUACUAUAGGCAUAACUAGAAGUCGAAAUAACUCAAGAAGCUUAAAAGUUUCUGCUUUUCAGCAUAUUGUCAAUAUGUCUAGUGCUACGAUAUUCAAAAGAAUUUAGUUAAUCCUAUCUAAUCCUUACCAUAUGAUGCCAUUAAAUUGUUUAAAGGGUCGUUGUUGUUAUGAAACUAUUUGGGGAAGACAACGAAUAAUAGCAAUUGUUUAUGUUACUAAACUUAAUGUACCGAAAUUGAAAUUAUUAUGUGGUUUUCGUUGAAUAUCAGAGUGGUAUCAAAGCGACCACUUUUGGUUGUCGUAAAUUAUCUGCUGCGUGAGGUUUCUUAGGUGUAUUCAUUAAGAUGCCUCCAGUAACUAUCAAGAUUAUAAACAGCAGAAAAAAUAUAUACGGACAGUAGUUAUUGAUAAGUUAUUUUGAUAUACAUGUACAGCUAAUUCAUAGUUAUUUUGGGAAUGUCUUCCCAUAUACCCAAUGUCUAUUUUUUACAUAUUGAAGUGAAAAUGCAAAAAUUAUAUGAUUUCAGAAUCGAUUGAUUAAUUGAUUGGUGUUUAACGUCCAGUUGCAAAUAUUUCAAUCAUGUUCAGGACGACAACAAAUCAAAUGCAAAUUCCGCUCAAGCCGUCGUUUUAAACUUGCAGUGAGGUGGGAGUUGUUUUGGUCCGUGUUGAAGGCCUCACUGUGACUUUAAGAUGAAGAACAGCAAUACAAGCGCUGUUCAUCUGCUUUUUGUGUGUUUUUGCUGUGCAUGUACUGAUUUUGUGUCAUGGAUGGAUACCCCAUAUCCUUUGUUUUUCUAUUAACAAUAAAUACAAUAGGGGGUCCACCUGGAAGAAUGGCGGAAAAUGUUAAUUCCAGUGAAAAAAUAGAGAAUAUUGGAUAGGGAAAGAUAGUUAACCUUGCUACAGGACCAUUAAAAAUUGUUGCAAGGAUUCUUAAAGUGCAAAAAGCACGACACUCUCUACAAAUCGAAUAUACAUGUAACGUCCCCCUUAUGACAAGACGUGGCUGCGAAUUUAAACAUCCCGGACAGCUAAAUGAAAUGGACACCCCAUUUUGGUAAGGGUUUUGCUGCCGGUCGGUGAAGACCAAGGGAUGAUAAAUUUCUAUACCCCAGUCAAUCUUUGGGUUAUGUUUUUUAAUCGAGGUGGUUGAUACCCUACCAAAGGCAGAAUGUUGAUUAUUAGUAAGAAACAUUACAAAAAUUUUAUUUUUUGUAAAUUUUCAUCCAAAUAUUUCGAAUAACAGAAACGAAGGGUAAAUAAAUGCCUUCCCAAUUAAAGGCAAAAUUAAAGAAGCUGAGUCUAGUAUGCAGUUAAAUAGGUGGAUAUUUGAUAUUUCUCCCGGUACAGACAUUUAAAUGCUCAGCUAAGUUUUGGAAACGCUUUUACUGUUUCACUAUUUUCUAGUUUACUUUUUUAGGGGGAUUUAAGUUGUUUGAAGAAUGUUUUAAAUUUGAAAUAAGAAUUAUGUAAUUUCUACAAAAAUAUUUAUAUGUAAUGUAUUUAAUAAAUGUUUUUGUUCUCUUUAACAGGCAUGACAGAAUAUCCAGUAUUAAUUUAUAUCAUCGUUUGUAUUAGUUGCAUAUGCUUACUCUUUUUGCUACUUACGACAAGGUAUACUUUUUAUAAAUGUACAGAAAGCUUGUGAUUCAUAGCUACAUUUAGAUAUCGUGUAAUGGAGUGAACAUUUCAGAAAGGUUUACUUUAAAUAUACACAGCAGUCGAAUAUGUGUGCAUGUUUGGGUUUCAUAUAUAUACAUGUUAAAAAUGUGUUCUUGAAUUUGUAUUUAUUGCACUUUUGUUAAAAAAGAAAUUGAAAUCAUGAAUAAUUCUUUGUCGUAAAAUUGAAUUUUGACCAACCUGAACAGAACAAGACUUUUAGAAAAGCUAUAUGAUAACUGCUUGUUCAAUAUUUUUACCCUCUUUGAAUUACCAAAGUUUUUGGCUGCCACAGUAAUCGUAUGAUAGUGAGUUCUGUCUGUAUUGUUUAAAUUGUCAAUGUACAGAUUUGAAUGCAAAGAUAAUCGAUUUAUAUACAAACGAAGUGCGACCAGAUGUGUCGACAGGAUAAAUAUAUUAGGCUGUGUGCAUCAACCGUCAUACGAAUCCAUAAUAACUACAUGCACCAACGGCAAUUAUCACAACCAACAGCAUGUCAAAACUGGUCAUCUGAAUGAUAAUGGACACUUGGAGUUUAAAAAUUAUUAUUAAAAAUAAACAUAUGCCAGGGUAUACGUAUAUGAUGUAUUGCAAGACUAUGAUGAUCGAAGCCAAUUCGUGAUUAUAGCAGUAAAUGUUUUAUUGUAAUAAUUUUAAAUUGUUCGACCUCAAGAUUACUAUGAUAAUGUAUUUGAGUUCUGCGCAUUAAAUAAUCCUUUUUCAUG